UCUUGAUUCCAGCUGGUAAGUUUGUUAUGAGUUCUGUGUGCAUCUGCUUUUGUGUUUAGCUGUGCUCAAAAUCUAGUGGUUUGUUUUUUGUUUUUUGUUAUUUUUUCUGCUAAUGUAAUAAAUGAAUAUAUAUUCUCUUGGGAAGAAAAUUAACCACCAAUUGUUAUUAAGGAAUGAUUGCCUUAAAUUUUUAGAAAUGCAUAUACAAGUAUUUAGGGGUGAACUGUCAUGAUGUCUAUAAUGUACUUCAAAAUAAGUAAGCAGAAAAAUGAAUCAAAUAUGGCAAGAAUGUUAGCAUUCUCAAGGAUACAGAGGGAGUUAUUUUCUCUACUUCUCUGUGUGUUUGAAGAAUUUUAAGAAAAAAACUAGUGAUAUUUUUUCUCCACUUUAGAAACUUUAAGACACAAAAUGUAAGCUUUUCAUGUUCUUUGAAAAUGAAAUAUAUUUGACUAAAGUGCCAAAUCUCACUAGCCUCUGUCCCAUAUACUAUAGAGGAGGCAACUCUGAAAGAGAACAGGGAUGACUGAUCCAAUUCUGGCAAUUGAGUGAUUCAAAUGCUGCUUAUUUUCACCUCUGUUUCCAAGGCUACCUCCCUACCUGUGUGGGCCUUUAGUCAGUCUUCAAGGGAAAUAGUUGUCACUGCUACAGCCAGUGAGAAUACUUUUCAGAUUUGCUUCUCAAGUGGCACUCGCACAGAUAAUCGUUGUUGGGUUUUCUGCUUGUGGAUAGGAGAACAUAAACUUGGCUUCAAAGGAGGUAGGACAGUGUACUCCGGAGGCCGCAUGGUCACUUAUGAACAUCUUCGAGAAGUUGUAUUUGGCAAAAGUGAAGAUAAGCAUUAUCCCCUUUGGAAAUCAGUAAUUGGAGGUAUGAUGGCUGGAGUUGUUGGCCAAUUUUUAGCCAAUCCAACUGAUCUAGUGAAGGUUCAGAUGCAAAUGGAAGGAAAAAGGAAACUUGAAGGAAAACCUUUGCGAUUUCGUGGUGUGCAUCAUGCAUUUGCAAAAAUCUUAUCUGAAGGAGGAAUACGUGGGCUUUGGGCAGGCUGGGUACCCAAUAUACAAAGAGCAGCACUGGUGAAUAUGGGAGAUUUAACUACUUAUGAUACAGUGAAACACUAUUUGGUACUGAACACUCCACUUGAGGACAAUAUCAUGACUCAUGGUUUAUCAAGUUUAUGUUCUGGACUGGUAGCUUCUAUUCUGGGAACACCCGCUGAUGUCAUCAAAAGCCGAAUAAUGAAUCAACCACGAGAUAAACAAGGAAGGGGACUUUUGUAUAAAUCAUCAACGGACUGUUUGAUUCAGGCUGUUCAAGGAGAAGGAUUCAUGAGUCUAUAUAAAGGCUUUUUACCAUCUUGGCUGAGAAUGACCCCUUGGUCACUGGUGUUCUGGCUUACUUAUGAAAAAAUCAGAGAGAUGAGUGGAGUCAGUCCAUUUUAAGCCCUUAAAGAUGCAGCCCUUAAAGAUACAGUGUUCAGUAUCAUUGAAAUGUGGGCAUCUACAACACACACCCCUAUUAUUUUUACCUCUUUAGGAAGACACCUUACUCCACAAAGACUGUGAUUUAUAGGGGCAGCACUUUAUUUUUCUCUGGAAACCCAAGUUCUCUUUGACUCCUCUUUUUGUUCAAAAGCAAUCUGGUUGGAUUACACAAGGCUACCCAAUGAGACCUGGCACAGAAUUUUCAAGAAGAUUUGAAUGCUGAGCACUCAUCUUACGAGAGAAGAUUUGACCUUUGAGAUGCUUUUCUAUGCUGAGGAGCCUACUUAGAGGUGCCAAAAGGGAGACAGCAUCUCAGCCCUGAAGUAGACUACAGGAAUCUGGAAGAACACAUACAUACAUAGUGAUUCAGAAAUAUAUUUGAACUGUUGUCAGUAUGUUCAAUGGAAAUUUGAUGAUUCCUUUUUCUGUUGUUAAAGUGCAUAUACUGUAAAUUAAAGGGAGGUGAAUGAAAAUUCAUGAAUAAACAUUUUUAAUUUCCCUAGUA